CUCUUUUGACGGAAACGGAAUGUUCAAUAGCCCAUUUUCCCCAACUUCCUUGUUCUUCAAGUAAAAAUCAUAUUGCAUCUCAUAAAAUAUAGUAUCAGCAAAUCCGCUCCGAUAUCGCGGGACACCACCCUCGCCGCCAUCACCGCCAUCGUUUGUCUUCUCCAUUUCGAGACCUUUACCCUUCUACUUACAGACUUAGCUUUCUGUGGAAGUUUUGAACCAGGACUCCGAUUCCAGCUUCAUUUGCUUUUGACUGCAAAAUCUUCAGGGUACCAGCCACUCUGACUGAUUCUCAAAUAUGGCACUGGCCAGGUUCUCAAGGAGUGGAUUGAGACGAUCCAUCAUUCAAAAUUAUGCUGCUGAAAGGAAUGUAGGACGUCUGGAGGCGUCUGCUCAUGAGUCCCCUUCAGCUUACUUGGGAAGUAUUGCGACAGGUGCUGAUGAUCUCUUGUACCUCCCGACCACCAGGAAGGUAGAUUACUCAAGUUUGUGGAGCAGAGGAAUAAGAACGACCCCUCAACUUCAAUUUGCUCAGGCACAGAGAGUUCUGGAAGAUUCUGAUUCAGAGUAUGAAAGCACCAGGUAUCCCACUCUGGAAGCGACAAGACCUGGUGAAAAGCCUAGAGUUGCUGUCAUUGGCUCCGGGUGGGCUGCAUGCAGAUUUCUCAAAGGGAUUGACACCAAUAUAUAUGAUGUUGUUUGCAUAUCACCAAGAAAUCAUAUGGUUUUCACUCCUCUACUGGCAUCAACAUGUGUUGGUACCUUGGAAUUUCGUUCAGUUGCUGAGCCUGUCAGCCAGAUACAGAAAGCCCUUGCAAAGGACCCGAAUUCAUAUUUCUUUCUGGCUUCCUGCAAGGGAAUCGACACAGAUAAACAUGAGGUUUUUUGUGAAGCGGCUCUAGAUGGUGGACAGCAGAAUAAUGGUUACCAGUUCAAAGUGGCCUAUGACAAGCUUGUUAUUGCUACUGGAGCUGAGCCCCUGACCUUUGGCAUCAAGGGGGUUCAGGAAAAUGCUUUUUUCCUUCGAGAAGUGAAUCAUGCGCAAGAGAUCAGGAAGAGGCUUCUGAUGAACCUGAUGCUCUCUCAAAACCCAGGCAUAACAGAAGAAGAAAAGGAGCGCCUUUUACAUUGUGUUGUUAUUGGGGGUGGUCCUACCGGUGUGGAGUUUAGUGGUGAAUUGAGUGAUUUCAUCAUGAGAGAUGUCCGGGAGCGAUAUGCCCAUGUAAAAAACUAUAUUCGCGUUACCCUCAUUGAGGCAAACGAGAUAUUGUCAUCAUUUGAUGUUGGAUUGCGGCAAUAUGCGACAAAGCACUUGACGAAGUAUGGAGUCCGCCUUGUAAGAGGUGUUGUGAAGGAGGUGCACCCAGAGAAGAUAGUUCUCAGUGAUGGAAGUGAUGUUCCAUAUGGUCUACUUGUCUGGUCUACUGGAGUUGGUCCUUCUGAGUUUGUGAAGUCAAUGCAUCUUCCCAAAUCUCCAGGUGGAAGAAUUGGUAUUGAUGAGUGGUUGCGAGUUCCAUCUGUUGAAGAUGUGUUUGCACUUGGAGAUUGCGCUGGUUUUCUUGAACAAACAGGGAAACCAGUACUUCCAGCAUUAGCUCAGGUGGCUGAAAGGGAAGGCAAAUAUCUUGUUGCUUUGUUCAACAAAAUUGGCAAGGAGAGUGGGGGAAAGGCGCUUUGUAUGAAAGACAUUCCUCUUGGGGAGCCCUUUGUGUACAAGCAUCUUGGAAGCAUGGCAUCCGUUGGUCGGUACAAGGCGUUGGUUGAUCUCGCCCAGUCUAAGGUACCUAGUAUCUUCUUGAGAUCCAUGUUCCUACUAACAUGACCUAUGUUCAUGGACAGGUAUCAAAGACAAAAUUUUAAUGUAUGGAAGUCAGACAGAAUCUAAUUCAAGGGAUGUCAAUAAUCCGUUAAUUACUAAUGAACUUAUCACUGGUGAAAAAUUUAGCCCUUGAAAUGAUCAACAAGAUAACAACCAUGCCUUACAUUUCCACUCCCUGGAACCUCUUGAACCAGUUCCAUGUUUACCACAGACAAGUGUGUUUUUACUCCAGCUUUUAACUGUAGUUCAAUAGACCAUUGGUAGAAGUAACCAUCUGCAUAGUUUGGAUACAAUGAGGCUCCUUGUAAUGUUUGGUACUCUAUAUAGUUAGUGACUGACAUUGUUCCGGGAUGGCGAAUUUGGCAGGAAGAGAAGGGCAUAGCAAUGGCAGGAUUUCUGAGCUGGAUCAUUUGGCGGUCGGCAUACCUUACUCGGGUUCUAAGUUGGAGGAACAGAUUUUACGUGGCAGUAAACUGGGCUACUACAUUAGUUUUCGGCAGAGACAAUUCCAGAAUAGGAUGAAGUAGUUUCCAGUUUCUGGGCAGAGAAAAUUAUCUCCCUGCCACUCAUAUCAUAACCUCUUUGCCUAAGCACUGGUUGUUGAAUCUAUCGAUCUAACGUUGGUGUAGAAUCGAAGCUAGAGGAUUCAGGGAAUUUUGGUUAGAAAAAAAUAGGCUACGAACUUCAAAAAUCAAACACUGAAAUGCAUCGAUUUUCUAUUAUUGCAGAUGAUUUUUUGGGACU